AUGGCUAGUGCUACAAAUGAAAUUUCGAACGCUCGAUUUCUUGAUGCCCGUGAAGAACCACGUCGAAUUCUGCUGCCUAUUCGUGGCUAUGCAAAGGAACCACUGCUACCACUGGAAGAAGCUGUUAAACCCAUUGACGAUCAACUCGAUGAUCUUGAUAUAAUGGUGGAUACGGCAAAACAAAAUUCAAAAAAACCAGCUGAUGGACUCACCCAGGACGAAUCAGCUGCAAUCCAUCUUUAUACAAUGCAAUGGGAGGAAUCCAAUGUAAGUCUGUAUACUAAGCUUAAUAACAUACUUCGUUCAGAACGACGAGAACCGCUUAAACCGUGGUUUCGUUACUUGAAACUAGUUCUUACGGCUUUAUUCAAACUCCCAUCAUUGAGAACCACAAUCUGGAGAGGAGUUCGUGGUAAUUUGAGUGAUCAGUACGAUGAUGAUAUAGUUUGGUGGGGAUUUAGCUCAUGUACCGAGAGUGUGAAUGUUAUGGAACAAUUCGUUGGAAAGUCUGGUGAGCGAACAUUAUUCAACAUAGAAUGUAUAAACGGCAAGUCUAUUCGAGCCCACUCAUUUUAUACAAAAGAAAGUGAAAUUCUUCUUCUACCCGGCACUUAUCUUCACGUUGUGGGAAAAUGGAGUCCAGCCAAGGACUUACACAUAAUUCAUUUGAAAGAAGCACAUGCACCGCGACCAUACCUUGAGUUGCCAUUUCCAACAGCAAAAUUGGAAAAUCCAGUUUCUACAGCACCAACAAUAUCUGUGGCAACGCCAACUAAACAGAAGGUUGCAACGUCGCAAUCAAAAUCUGAACCAAAAAUACGUUCAAAAACUCUAUCUAGAUAUGUUUGUCAUGAUACUUCAUUAUGA